AAUAUGGCAUCCGUUGUAGUUGUAUUUGUGUGACUCUUAACUAAAAUGCCCUUAGUUUUGAAGGAAUCGUAAUAAACUAUUGGAGGAUUGACAUUUUAGGUUUGUAAUUUAGCUCAGUGAUGGUUUCUAAACAAGUAUCGUAAGCUGUCAAUUGAAAUCACAGUAAGUCGGUCGACACAACCCUGUUGUAACCAUUGGUAUGAUGUUAAUUUACCAUAUCUUUUUUGUCUAUUUUUCAUGUUUAGAAAUGCUGAUAAAGCCUUUAUAAUCUUUAAUACUCUUUUUAACAACAAUUUUUAAUAAAAUUCACCAUCAGAAUCGUUGAAUAGCAUCUGUAAACGUAUUGAAAUGCAGAUUUAGAUUGCCUUUCUAGAAAGUUAACCUGUCUUUUCAGAAAACUUAGCUGAAAUUUCUUUAAAUAGUUUAACCUAUCUUAUAAUAAUGGGUCUAUUUAUACUCCAUUACUUUAAAACUUUGUUUUUGACCAUUUUUUAAGCUUUUCAAAAUGCCAGUUUUUGAAUAAAAGAGAAUUUAACAAGAAACAUCAAUUCCUAUUUUACUUGUUGAUUACUUUGGCUCAAUAUUAUAAAAUCAAAUGAUAUUAGAAUAUCUUCAAACAUGACUCAGAAUUACAAUAAUUAUUAUUCCUUUUUUUAUCAAAAUCAAGUAAUGUCAAAUACAUAAAAUCCUAACCUAAAUGAAAGACUGCUUGGUCCUAACCUAUAUCAGCACUGCAUUUCCAAGGUAAACAAUAGUCAUUUUAUAAACUUUACAGCUAUUCCUUUCAAAUGUGAUAAUGUUUAUUUUUUACCUUUAUUUGAGAUGUCUUUGCAAAAGUAUAUAAACCUAUUUCAAACAUAAGUGUGAUUGAAAUAAGAUUAAAAAUAUUUAGGUUGUUGAAAAAUUAGAGUUUUAUUUUGUUAUGAGAAUAACCGUGUUGUACAUAGGCAACAUUUAUUGUUCUAAACUAAUAGAAUUAGAAUAUAUUUUAGUGUAAAAGAUAUACAUUUAAAAUGUUUCUAGGUUAAGUUUAGUUAGUUAGUUUUAUAAUAUCAAAACAACAUUCACCAUCAUCCAUCGCCUCAAAUACUCUUCGAUCUACGCCUCCACCUACCAAUCCUGAUCUACCAACACCUAUUAUCUUCACCAUGUCAACGAAAGUGCGCGAAUUUAGUGAAGUGCUCACCUUAUCAGAAUCUUACUGUCGUCCAAUACAAUAUUUGAAUGAUUUCCACUUCUUUUUGGAUACUUGAAUUGAGAUGUUCUCUCAAUCAACAAUGGAAUCCAUCCAGUAUCUUGGUCUCAACCCACUCCAGCUACUCCUUGGAGUCUGACUGCUUGUGGUCCAUCAUGAAUCUCCAUCAAUUGAACGAUUUGAAACAAUCAUGAACUAGCAUCCAGUUUGGAAUUUUCUUCUUGACCCGCUAAAAAUGGAUGGGGUGUUUCGGGAGCAAAGACAAAUUAUCCAAAGAGGAUAUGGAUUUCCUCAAAUCACAAACACGAUACGACGAAGCUACAAUUAAAGAAUGGUACAAAGGUUUUAAGCAAGACUGUCCAAACGGUAGACUAACGCCGGCCAAGUUCGUAGAUAUGUACAAGAUGUUCUUUCCCAGUGGUAAUGCCGAAGAGUUCUGCGACCACGUAUUUAGGACAUUCGACAUGGACAAGAACGGAUAUAUCGAUUUCAAAGAGUUCUUGCUUGCUAUUGAUGUGACAUCGUCGGGCACCCCAGAAGAAAAACUAAAAUGGGCGUUUAGGAUGUACGACGUUGACGGCAAUGGUGUCAUCGACAUCCAGGAAAUGACAAAGAUUGUUCAGGCGAUCUACGACAUGCUGGGCGCAUGCUCGUCGAACAGACCGGCCGACUCGGCCGAGGAGCGCGCCAAGAACAUCUUUGCCAAGAUGGACGAGAACAACGACGGUCAGCUCACGCAGGAGGAGUUCCUGAAGGGUUGUCUCCAGGACGAGGAGCUGUCCAAAAUGCUGGCGCCAUAAUGGACCAAUUGCAGCAGCCACUGGAAACGAGAACAAGUGAUGUUAUUGAAGUGGUGGUCACAUUGCCACCGCCUGCUUCAGGCGUGCAAACAUCUUGUUCAACAACACCAUUGCCAAUUAGUCUCUCUCAUCGAUUUUAAACGGUUUUCAUUUUAUAUCGUUGUGGUAUGAUUAAACAAAUUUUAUAUGUGUCACCCCUAUUGAAGACGGGACAUUCCUAUGUGGCCGUGUGUGUGUGCGCUUGUGCGAGUGACCGAUCCAAGUGUGAGUGAACAUCUCUAUCUUUCUCUUUCUAUAUUUGUCUCAAAACAAACUAAGUAUAUACUCUUCUGUCCUGCAUAGCUUUAUUACUUAUUGCUGGUAUCAUUGUUUCCUUCUCGGCAAGGCUUUGUGCAAAUUUUCUCCAAGAAGGAAACUCCAAUCGAAUGACAAACACUUUUCUCACUAUCAUCGUGUACAACUUCCUCCUCCCUCUACUAAUAUUUUUAUAGUGAGUAAAAACAACUGAUGAUAACGCAUACAAAAAUACGCACCUUGAAAGCUAGUAAUAUUAGGAUAAUCAAUCUAGUAUCGUCAAUAGUUGUGUCAUUGAUCAUUGUAUAAGCUUUUUCUAUUAUAAUUAACAAGUCAAACGUUUGAACCGUAUUUGUGUAUUAAUUCCGAAAAUUGAUGACUUAAAUUUGAAUUGAAAAACUCCUUCCCCGGUUAAAAACUAAAAGUAAUUUUCUAGCAAACUACAAUCUAUUUUAUUCUCUUUCAAAAAGUUACCUAUAAAAAUGCAAUUAUAUUUAUCAAUUAGUUUAACUGAUUUUCACCUUUUUUCAUCCUACUCCUAUCUACAAAAAUGAUAACAUGUUUAUUGUUAUCCUUUCAUAAAUAUGUAUUUCUUGUCAUGCAUUGAGAACAGAGUGAUCCAGGGAACCAACUGAUGUUUAGAAUCACACUGAUUGAAAUAAGCAAAGUGAUAGAGACAUAGUUCACAAUCUAAUGUGGGUUUGAACAUCAAAUAAUUUGAGUUGGAACAAUGUUUCUUGUCACAAAGAAUAUCACUGCCUCUAUUGAAGUGGAAUUAUUUUAGAAGAGUAGAUUGGUCUUGCACAGUACGUGAAUCUGUCUUGAGGUUCAAAGGUGGAACAUGAUGAAAUAAUAGAGAGUAUAGUACACUUAUUUCUUUCUUUAAACUUGAAAGUUAACCUUCCAUUCAUGAGUACUGCAAAUCUAGCACCAAAGUUGAAUUUGAUUGAAAGUCGUCAAAUAUGUUACCCUGGAGUACUCUGUGGAAAUGCAUUUCACAUACAUAAUAUUCUCUAUUAACCAUUCCGAAUGGUGAUGAUAAUAAUAUUGAUGAACAUUCUUCAACAUUACUACAGUCAAUUGUUUCACAUAUCUACUCUUCAAUAAAGCAGCAAAGUUUCGAAGCAUUGUUCGUGUCGUGUUGUAUACAAUGUUUCCGUCCAUAAACUCAAAAUGUAGAGGUAUGUUCAGCUAGUCGGAAAUGACCUUACUGACAAUCGAGUUUGUAGAAUUACUAUUAUGAACUAUUGAGUUAUCAUAUUUCUUGUUGAGAAAGUUAGCUGCACCAACUCUCAACUCAUCAAAAUUAUUAAAUAUUGUAUGUUCUCAAGUACUAGUCAAUAAUUUGUCUCAUUCAAAUUAUCAUCAUUCGUAAUGGCAUUUGAUUUUUUGUGAUUUUUAUCUAUAUGUCAUUAUAUCGAACAUUGACCAAGUGUUCAUCGGUGUGAUUGUUACCAAAUUUAUGUCAUAAAUAACUAAAUCCUUCUCUCAUAUUACUGUCAGCCUUUUUUUCUAAAUUGAAUAUGAAAAUCAAAACUAUUCACGCUUUUGAAUCUUUUCAAAACCUGCAAUUGUAUUUUUAUAGAUGUGUACCUAAUAGAUCAUUCACAUACCUAUCAAAGUUUCUCCGUUCUUAUCAAGAAAUGAAUUGAUAAUAAAUCUGUUGAUUCGAAUUGGAAAUUUCAUCCAAGAAUCUUUAAAUGUCUGCAUUUUUUUCAGUUAUUACAUAAAUCAAGUUUCUUCUACGUAUCUACUGCCUAACCUUUUGUCAUUACAAUUACGUGAGGACCUACCUUAACUCAUUGUACGUGAUCUACCUUAUCAAUUAUGUUAUUAAGAACAGACUAUACUAUUCACCCUAAACAUUGUCAUGAUUUAUAAUUUGUACCGUUUAGUUUCUCCUUGAAUUUUAUUUUUUUGAAAUUCCACAUAUAACGGAAUUCUAGUGAUAAGUAAUGCAUUUGACUCAUUUUACCACAUCUAUCAAGUAGAGAAUACUGGAGAUUAUUAUAUGAAUUGAUAUAUUUUGUACAUAUUUAGAGUAAUUUGUAUGUCUAUGGAUUUGUAUUAUAUGAUUUUCACAAUUAUAAUGACUACUUUAGGAAAUAUAAGAGUUAUGGAAUAAGUAUUAAUACUACCACUAAUGCUAAUACUACGAUUAAAAUGCUAACCGCAUGACUCUCUCUUGAAGGUGUGCUAUGAUUACCUUAUCAAUGAUGUUAUUAAGAACAGACUAUACUAUUCACCUUCAACCUUUCCAUAGAUGGUGAACAUUACUGAGGAAGUAUAUUCAUUAUGUAAAUCAACUUAAAAAGUCAUCUUUGUUUGACAUUAAUUUGCGAUCUCAUUAUUACCCAUCCAUCAAAGAAAAAAAGAAGAUCUUUACUCUUCAAUAUUAAUCAAUUUCUAAAAAUAUAAAUUGGAACAUAAUAUUGAAACUAAACACGUAAAUUUAUAAUAAACAUAUUAAAUGGUACCUGUAUUUUCAUCUAUGAUUUGUAAAAUAUUUGGCAUAAAUACAAAAAUUCCAAAAAAAUAAAAUAAAAGCAAGCUGCCUUAAAACAAUAUUAUUAAUGCAUAUAAACUCCAAUUAAUUGUCAAGUAUCAAAAUAAUUAAUUGCAAAAAACUACGACUGUAGAAAUGAAUUCGAGCUGCAACAUUUUUUCUAACUAAUUGUGAUGGUGAGGGAGCAGAUUCAUUCAAUAAUUUUCCACUUGAGUUUUUUCACGAAUCAGUGAUAAAGCUAUCUAACAGAUGUAACUAUUUAAUACAACUUGUAAGUGUCAAUGAAAAUUCUCUAGUCGACAAUUCACAUACUUAAGAACUUCUACACCAAUCAGUCCUAAUGCAACUAUUGUAGUAGUUCAAUUUAUUUCAAUAGUCUAUCAUAGUACACAGUUGUAAUGUAAAUUAUAUAAUUACGGUGUGAGUGUCUUUAAACAGUACGAAAUUUUCUACCUAAACUAAGAUAUUUCUUUCUGAACUUUCCAAAAAUGUAACUUCCCUUGUAUAAAAUUGAACAAAUAUUCUAUACACAGUUAUAGGUUUUUCGCCAUUUUAUUCCAUUAUUGCUUCACUUUUGGAAUUGAUUCAUGCCGUUUGUGAAGUAAUCACAGUUUUUUGUUGAGUGAUGAAGCGAUGGUGAAUCUUAAUAAUUGUUUUAUAUUAACUGAUGAAAAAUUUUCAACUCAUUAC